AUGAAGUUUAUCGACGAGCUAGAUAUCGAGCUGGUCAACCAGGCACUGAAUUUCGAAACAAGUGACUGCAAAGUCAAUGGUGGUUGCGAUAUCUUUACAACGAAGCCAGUUGCGUCCGAUAAAAAGCUCUACAAAACCAUUGACAGACACCUUGAUUCGUUGCUAGUCGAAAAUGAGGGGUUCAACAAUGCUGUACAACAACAGAUGGCGCUUGAUAAUCCUGAGGGGCUCUCUUCAUCCCCGAAAGAUUUCAAAAACGAUGCUAACCAUCUGUAUAGCACUCGUGGCGAGUCAGGCUCACCCACUUCGUUUUGGGAGCAGAAGAGAAGGAUGUCCGUAAGCGAGACCCCAAACGGAACCGCUAAUAAUGGCACAUCCCUGAAAACUCAUAAAUUAAAUGAUCAAAACCUAAAGGAGCUAGUUAACUCCGAGUCAGGUUACCAGAGUUCUUCAUCAACAGAGUCCUACUCGCGCUCUAUUGGUAAUUUAAGGAGAACAAGUAGUGCUGGAAGCAUGACCCUUGUUUCAGGACUACAAAGGCGAAGGUCCUCAGUACAGAACAAAGAUAGCGUUAACAUCGGCCCAUUUGGCCCUAUUAACGAAACAGCUAGCAGAAGAACAUUUGCUUACCUCAUUGCUAUCCUAAACGCUUCAUAUCCAGAUCAUGAUUUUGCGUCUCUGGAACCUACGGAUUUUGUCAAGAGCUCAAUGAAGUCUCUCAUUUCGAAGUUUGAAAAUACGUUAAUGUCCUUCGGGAAGCAACCGCAGGAGUGGAUAUGGGAGUCCAUAAACUCGCAUAUGGACGUCUCAGAUUGCGCCAUAUAUCAAUAUAAACCCUCCAAAUCCUUUCUUGACGACGAACCUGGUCAUUUGUGGAGUCUCAUGUGGUUUCUAUUUAACAAGAAGAGAAAGAGAGUCGCUUACUUAUACUUGAAUGUGUUCAGGCUGAAGACGAUCUCUUCAGAAGACUCCUCGCAAGCAGGGCUCGCAGAAGAGGAUGAAGAGGAUGGAGAUAAAGGAGGCUCAAAAAGAAAGCAGGGGCGAAGAUUGACAAUUGACCAUGAAACUAAUGCUUUCGAGGGCGAGUACGACCUCACGUCGAAUUCUUAUGACGAAAACGCUAUCGAGGACGACGAGGACUCGAUGGGUAACUAA